GAUGAGCAACAACAUAUGUCGGAGAUUUUAGUUGAGAAUGGAGGUGUCCUUGUAGAAUUGGAAGAUCCUUCAUGCACGCAUGUGGUAAUGCCUAACGGAGAGAUGUUCUCUAGUUCUCGUUCGCGUUUCAACAUCACAUCACAAUCCGCCACCCAAAAAUGCCUAAAAACUCCUGAUCAAUCUUCCUAUACCCAUUUUCCUAACAAAGUAACUCCAAUGGGAUCAGGCCGGAGCGAUAAAAAAUCUCUGUACCUUAAUAAUAUGGAAAGUACACCUGUGCUAAGUCACUGCACGCCACGAAAACGUUUAUCAUCAAGCGAGUGCCUUCAUUUCGAUGAUUUACAAAUUGAUGAUGACAUGAGGAAAAAUUGUGCUGAUUUUUCAAUUAUGGAGGAAGAGAAGGAAAUUGAUACGGAUCGAAGUACUAGAAGUGUUAUUGUUUCGCCAACAAGAAAAAGACCUCGCGACAGUCCAGAAGCAGAGGAGUUAAAAACUUCCAAAAUGUCACCACCAAAAUUUUAUUCUGCUAAAAAACCUAAAUUACAAUCCAGACCAUCAUUAAAACGUAGCCUGAGUUUUGUUGCAAUGCGAACUCCUUUGGCAAAUAUGCUGAAAAGUAAGAAGACAACGAAAAAGAUAUCCGAUGAGGAAGAAAGUGCAAUGAAUGAAUCCAGAGUUGAGGAAAUAAAUUCUGCAAGCAAAAAAUCCGAUUGGAAUAAGUUGAAAAUGAAGUUAAUGAACAAGAAACAGACAGAAACUGUUGUCAGCACAUCCGAUUCAGUAGCUAAAGAUGAUACUGACUACCAGAAUGAAAGCUGCGACAGUGUUGCUGAAUUGAGAAGCAUUGGCGGAAAUUCUUCAUAUAAAACGCCCGUUCGCAGGCGUUCGUUGUGUUGCACUCCUGAAGCCUAUCAACCCCCAUCUCCUUCGCCUCAAAAUAAAGAAGUGGAUCCUUCUUCCCAAAUUCCUUUAGAUAAUGCGGGUGGUGAGGUGACUUUGACUUUGAUCAUUGAUCAUAACAUGAAGACUUCAACGCCGCAUGCCGAGUUGUUCAAACUUGCCGAGGAUGUCAAAAGAGCAUUAAAAUUCUCGGUUGUGGAUGAAAGUACAACUGGAAGCGCACCCGAAACAGCAACAUCAAAGACGCAAAUCGUCAAAGCUGAAUGGUUCUGGAAAUCAGUUCAAAAUGAGGAGCAAGCAGAUGAAAGGGAAUACUUAUUCGAAAAUUAUUUGGAAAGUCUGCUGUCCACACCAGCCCGAACAACUACUCCAGCCAAUGUACCAGGAAUUUCUACACCUGCUAGUGGUCCAUCUUCAACUCGCCAGAGAAAAAGACGUCGAUUGCAUGAGACACUAUCAGCCCUUGCCCAAACUGAUACUACGCUCAAGAGGAGAUCCUCUGUUAGUGAUGCAGGAUUACUUAGUGUUUCAGGGAGUUUUCUGGAUUGUACAGUUAGUCCAGAUAAACAGUUAUUAGAUGAGGGAGAAGGAAUAGAAAUAAAUCGCAAAAACUUGAGUCCAAGGCAGCAAGUUUUUUUGGAACUAGUUCAAACUGAAUCUAAUUAUGUCAGCAUUCUUCAUACAAUUAUGACGAUGUUCAAAAGUCCUCUUGAAGAAAUGCUUGAGACCAGCCCAAAUGAAGCGAUAUUAAAUGCAACUGAAUUGAAAAUUAUUUUUGGAAAUCUUCCGCCAAUUUAUGACUUACACCGUAAAAUGCUGGAAGAAUUACGAUGGGCUUCGUCUCACUGGGCAGAAGAUACAAGCAUAGGCAAUAUAAUAUUAAAACAUGCACCAGAUCUUGUAAAAGCAUAUCCUCCUUUUGUCAAUUUCUUUGAAAACAUGAAAGAGAUGCUGGUGCAAUGUGAUCAAUCCAAAACCAGAUUUCAUGCAUUUUUAAAAAUUUGUCAAACGAGGCCAGAAUGUGGUAGACAAUCUCUACAAGAAUUAAUGAUAAGGCCUGUACAGAGAUUACCCAGUAUUAGUCUUUUAUUAAAUGACAUUUUAAAGCAUACUCCAAAGAGUAAUUUGGAUUAUAAUGCCUUAGAGAAGGCUCUUGAAAGUAUAAAAGAAGUUAUGACAUACAUCAAUGAAGAUAAAAGAAAAACUGAAGCACAAAUGGUUAUGUUUGAUAUUUUUAAUGACAUCGAUAAUUGCCCACCACAUUUAGUAUCAUCACAUAGAAGCUUUAUCUCACGUUGUGAAGUAAUGGAACUAAGUGAUGGUUUAAGUGGUCGAGGUGAUCAUCUGGUUUUAUAUUUAUUCUCUGAUAUUUUAGAAGUUUGUAAGAAACGAUCCAAAGCUUUUAAUAGCCUUAAAAGUCCAAAUGCAAUAGGUAGUACGCAUUCCACAAAAUUAGGAGCAGGUAAACCUUAUAAACAUGUGAAGUUAAUGCCUCUAAGUCAUGUUAAAAGAGUUAUAGACAUUCAUGAAACAGAAGAUUGUCAUGCAGUAUUUGCUUUAACUUGUCGCAGCAAUCAGGAACUUAAAGAAAAGUUAUAUUCGUUUACAAUUACUGAAGAAGAUGUUGAUAAAACCACUUUUCUACGCAGCCUCUGCAGGCAGAUGGCGAACACAGUUUGCAAAGCUGAUGCUGAUCGUUUUAUGGCAAGUUUAAAUUCAAAACAACUAGAAAUUGAUACAAGUGAUGUUUCUCUGGGCACUCUUUCAAAAGCUUUCAAAUUUGCAUCACGAACAAGGAUGAAAGUUGGAAGAGCAUUUUCAUUUAAUAAAACACCAUCAAAAUUCAAGCGUGCAGUUUCAACUAUGAUGUCGCCUUUUGGAAGUACAAAUAAUUUAACUCCGUCCUCUCAAUUAGCUCAGAUGCGGCUUGCCAGUUGCAACAAUAUUAAUGAAUUAGGUGGUGCACCAAAUAAUGUAAACAAUGAAAUGUUGGUGGCUCCAAUGUCUGUACAACCAACACGAAAAACUAAGUGUUCUUCAUUAAGUAUAGCUGCUCUUCGUAGAUUAUAAAAUUUCAAAAAACAC